AUUGUUUCUGUACGAUGUCUUUUCCCGCCUGACCUGAGCGGAUUGUUUACUUUUCUUCUGACUCAAUAGUCAGUCCGUUGCUCACACAAAAACGUUAAUUUAGGAGCAUUUAAACGGUUCAGUUUCGGUGUUUUGACCGUUGCAACGUCUAUGUGUCAGUCUAUAUCACGUUUACCGAUAUUAACCGGACGUUUUUGUGUGGGUUGUGGAGGAUAAAACGCCUCAUUUCCUUACCGAGAGAGAGGCAGAAAGUCCAGCGAACAUGUCCGCGGAGCUGCAGAUGUUCCUCCCCGGAGCAGUGGAGGGGUUCGGCGGCGUGGACCCCCGCAGCAGCCCGCUGGCAGAGAUGGAGACCCUACGGAUGUUCGUUAACGAGCGGCUGACGGCGGCGGUGGACGACAUCCUGGGGCUGUUCGGGGAGACCGUGGCCCGGUACCGGGAGCAGAUAGACCGUCAACGGGGACAGCUGGACAAGCUGAGGUCCGAGGAGGACAAGUGGAGCCAGACAGACCCUGUGCAGGCGUCCUCCUCGAUGAAACUCUGCCCUGAUGAUCCGAUCCGGAGCGUCCCGCUGGACCAGACGGACCAGACGGGUGAAACAGACGCCGGAUUCUCCGCCGCUCCGAUCAAAACAGAAGUCGGCGGCGAGGACUGCGGAGUCUCUGACCCAAUGAGCGACUUCGAUCCAGCCGGCAGCUCAGAAGCAGCGAGCGACGGCCGACAACUCGCCGAGUCAUCCAACACGGAAGACAGCGGCGACUGGGGAGAGGCGGCGGGACUUUGGAGACCGGAGGAGACGGAAGAAGCCCGGAGACAAAGUUCACCUCCGGGCGGGACGGCGCCGAGCUCCGCAGUUCCAUCGCAUUCGUCACGCCAGUCCCAGCCGGUGUUUAGCUGCAAAGUUUGCAGCGAGUCCUUCAAGAGGAUCAGUCACCUGACCACGCACGCCUCGGCGCACCCGAGAGACUGCGGCCUGUGCGGGAAGCACCUGGAGCCGACGGAGAGCCUGAAGCUCCACCUGCGCCUCCACCGGGACACGGCGUUCCGCUGCGGCGUCUGCGGCCAGGGCUUCACGCUGCGCGGGAACCUGCGCACGCACCUGAGGAUCCACACGGGCGAGCGGCCGUUCGGCUGCACCAUCUGCGGCAAGAGCUUCGGCCGGAGGGCGUCGCUGGUGCGCCACGUGCGCAGCCACACGGGCGAGAAGCCCUUCGCGUGCGCCUACUGCGGCCGCGGCUUCGUGGAGAAGGGGAACCUGACCGUGCACCUGCGCACGCACACCGGCGAGCGGCCGUACUGGUGCGCCGUCUGCGACCGGCACUUCAGCCAGCGGUCGUGCUUCUACAAACACCCGUGUCAGAGGAAAGUCUGUCGCCGCCCUCCGUCAUCGCAUCUCAAAAACAAUGACGGGGAUUAAAAGGCUGCGGCCGACGGUUAUUUAAAUAUGUAUCAAGAACA